CUCGUCGCGACUGCACGCCCGGCAUGGCGACCGCGCGCUGACCGGCCACACUGAUACGUGAUCAUACUGUGCUGUGAAUAUUUACACCAAACACCACUGUGCACACACACCUCGAUAACGCACCAAUGAAACGGUCAAAAGGCGACAUGACGUCGCCGACGAGCCUGCUGCUGCUGGCUGCAGCGUUCCAUUUCCUUACUUUAAGUAGUGCGGGUCCCCUGGGUCCCUUGCCAAAUGUAACGAGUUCUGAUUUAGGAUUAAAAGAAGGCAGCUGCGCAGUGGGUGAUGUGGUGUACAUGCCCGGGGACGAAUUCCCCGGGUCCGGGCCGUGCGAGCGCUGCGCGUGCGCCGCGGGCGACGUGCGCUGCAGCCGCCAGCGCUGUGAGCCGCGGCCCGGCUGCAAGGCGCUGCACCGCCCCGACCAGUGCUGCCCUACCUACCAGUGCGAAUGUGAGCAAGAAGGUCGUGUGUAUGGCAACGGCGAGAAGUUGGUCGACCCCGCCGACCCCUGCCGCGUGUGCUACUGCCAGGGCGGCGAGGUGGUGUGCCGGCGCAUCGCCUGCUUCCUGCGCGACGACUGCCAGCCGCGCCUCGUGCCCGGCCGCUGCUGCCCCGAGUACGACAACUGCCCGCUGAGAGGAGUGACUGCUGCACCUGGUUCUCAGCCAACCAUUUCUAGUAUCUCUUCUGUAGAAAAUAUGGUUGCGAGCGCUGCACCUCCUGCGCCAAAGGAAAACAUCAAGCAAGAAAUCACAAUUAAGGAAAUCACCCCUGUUUCGGAGAUCCCAAUUAUCACCGAUGUGAAGAUAAAGGAGAUUCUCCCAUCUCCCAGUAUCGAGGUUGCCGAAUAUUCAUCGUCAAAAUCGCCACUUAUUCCACGUGAGGCUACAUCCGAACAAAGCGCGACGAGUCCAGUUGAAAUUACCGAACGCCCUGUCAUAAUCGAAAUACUUCCAUCAUCACCACCAAUAUUUGUUGCAUCUUCACCUCCUGAAAUAGUAGCUUCGUCCAGUGAAAUAUCUGAAAGCAAAACUACACAUGAUUCGCCACCGUCAAAAAUAAGUUUUUCUACUCAAGAUUCCAUCAAUAGCGAAAUUUAUCCAUCAAACGGACCAAACCCAGGAACUGUAGGCUCGCCUGCUACUAUACAGGAAGUAAUUCCUGUUGCGACUACUACUAAAGCUCCAGUAGUCAUUGAAGAAGAAGAUCCGGCUAUUUUUGAUCACAACCCUGCUUUCCCACCCAUACCCGAUGAUUUGUCAGUUCAGGGAAAUCAUGAAGAUGAAAUCAUUCCAGAUCCAAAAACUGAUGGUUACUAUGUUUCUGGUGGACAUGAAGUGAUGAGUAUCACAAGCACAGAGUCCUCUGUAGCUCCUGAGGCAGUAAUAACAACCUUAAAAGAAAUCCCUGAUGUUCACACAUCGACUACAACAGUUAUACCAGAAAAACCAGCAGAUAUAGCCACUACCAAAUUAGAGGCUGUUGAUGCAGUAUCAACAACUAAAGAAAUUCCCUUGAUUAAUCUAAGAUCUGCUAUACCUACUGAAAUACUCAAUGUGCCAUCAUCAGCACCUGAAGAAGUAACAGGUAACUUAGAUGAUAUCACAAACCCAACUACGAGUUCUGAGACACCUUUACCUGUAGCCACAACGGAGUCUGCAGAAAAAGAAGAACUAACUACUCCUGAAAAGAUUCCUACAUUGCCUGAAAUACUUUCUACUAAUCCUACCAUAAUGGGCUUAAGAAAAUUAGAUACACUAACAACACCCAAUAUUGAAACUUCAAGCGUAAAAAUUGAUGAAGAAACUAUUAGUACGACAGGAAAUUCUGAUGCACCUACUGAGAUAACAUCGCAAACUGAAUUUAGCUCACUGCCAAUAGAAACCAGUGACCAGAAUCCUCAUGAAGAAUCAGCAAAGGAAAAAUCUAUCACAUCUUCAGCUGGACCGACGGUAUUUGAAAUAACUCCAACUAAACUUUUACCUGUUGAACCAGAGGUAAUUACUGUUUCUAGGAAUAUACCUUCAGAAAAUCAAUCGCUUGAAAAUGUGGAAACUACUGAGUUUAUACUAACAUCAUUUGGUUCUGCUGAAAGUGCCACCGAUACCGUUGAGCUCAUUAAAAUAUCUCCAGACGCGGGUAAAAGCGCUGCCAUAAUAGAGUCAGAAGAUGGGAAGAACACUAACGUAUUGACAGAUCUUAUUAACCUCGUCGGCGACGUGGCGUCCAUCAGUGACCACACGGACGCGCCUCGACACGUCACUGCGGCACCGAGCAUAUCGGACUCCGAAGAACUCAUACCAGUUAAUGCUGGAUACAAAAGCAAAAACAGCAACUGGAACCUCAACUCGAUUACUGAAGUUGUACCAAAAAGUAAAAAUGCUUCUCCUGUAAAUAAGCAGAAAAUUAUAGAGAUUGAAGAUGAUGAAGAUGGCAUCACAGACUCUCCUCCGCCUAACGACAAGGUGGAGCCUACAACGCGACGGCCAAUAAUCGAUAAUGUGUCAGCUGAUAUGCCAGAAAACAAAACGGAUAAAAAAGACAUCGAAUUAAUCACCCCGUAUGUGCCGGCUGAAAAAAGGCCCACGAAAGUGGUCAUGAAGAAAAACAACGAGAAACCAUUAUCUGAUGACGCUCCAGCUUCGGCAGAGAUUGCUACUGAGUCGACGGUAACUUCAAACGAGAUUACAACUCCUGAAGAUCGUGAUGAAACUUCUUCAGAAGCAAGUGAGAGGAUAGAAGAUUUAGCCAACUCAACUUCGAGCUCGACGGCGCAGUGAGAGCCCGCACAAAAAUGUUUGACGGAACCUCAGCUUAUCAGCAUUUUGUAGAGAAUAAGUUUCGUUUUUGAAACUAUAAGUUAUCGUAGAAACUAUUAGGUUUACAUGCGUAUAGCAGCCCUAUCAGAUAUAGUGUAAUCCUUGUCAAUUGGGUGCCCAGUCGCGGAGAUAACUUCGCGUUGGGGCUAUUUAUACUUCGAUGUAAGUAGACGACCAGUGCUACUGGUCCAAUUAAAUGUGUAUUAGCUGGACAAAUUAUUUAUAAUAAUAUAAAAUUAGUGUUAGAGUGCGUAAAACGACGGUUGGGCGCGACACGCGUCGAUUGCAUUGUGUCAAAUUAAGAAGCGAAGUAUUAGUCGAUAGAUCUUCGUGUUAUAGGAUAAGUUAUUUAUUUGUUUAGUGAGAGAUCGUGCGUAGUGAUCGAUAAGUAAGCAACCAAGCUAGUCAACAAGUGACACCGGCGCCCGCGCGCCUGCCACGUUGCCAUUACUGCUAGCUACGUAACAUGACAACCGCAUCAUAACAUUCCACGUAGUCGUAACCAUUUCGAUGUAAGAACAAACUCCUCGAUGUAGGUGUCAGAAGCUCAUAUAAAUGUAACAAAAUUUGGUACAAAUCGAAUUUGAUAUUAUAGAUUAUAUUAACCAUACCUUAUGAAUUAUUAUAGCGUUAGAUCUAGUUGAUUUAGAUUAUAUAUGUAUUGUGAUCGCACAUUCUUAAUUUAUUGCACUGAAGGCAAGUAAUUGGUUGCGUAGAGGCCGGUAAGCGUGUGCCGAGGCUGACGGGCCGUCAGCCGCCGACGGCCCGCUGACGGCCGCUGAGGGGAACCAGCCGGCGCUGGUCUGCUGUGUCUGCGGCUUCUUGCUCCGGAAGACUGAUCUUUUCCCGGGCAAUAAGCGCAUGUGCUCACUGUAUUAUUUAAUACCCAAUUAUUGUUUUUUUUUUACAAAUAAAAAAUACUAGACUGAA